AUGGAUACACGCCCACCGACAAGUAAACCAAAUGAUGAGGAGAAAAUCGAAAGUGAAAGUGAGCUUGAUCCAUCAGAAUUCGAAGAUGAUGAUGACGACGAAUUUCGACCAUUAAGGCAGAAAGAAACAAGAAAACCAACGGCUAAAAGUCAUGAAUCAAAGGUCACACCACUUAAUACUAAAAAACGUAGAGCAGCAAAAAGAGCAUCAAAAGCGCCGAAAACGAUACCGAAUACGGUGUUUCAAAAGGAGACUGAUGUAAUCAAUAUUCAAUUGAAAAAACAUGUAUCACGUAUUGAGAAACUUGAGAAAGUUUAUAAUGUAUUAAAGAAGCAUAAAACGAUGUAA